AUGAGUCAGCGGCGGCGGAGCUGCGGCGGGAGCCCCGACGGGUGGUCACAGGACGGGCUGCUCCACCUGGCCUCUCUCUCUAGUGUUGAGCUGUACCAGAAUGCCCAGACCCGGUUCGUGCGGAUGGUGGCGGAGCAGGCGUCGACCAGACCCCAGAACAUCAAGACGCUGCAGAAUGCGGGUGUAAUGUCUUUGCUGUGGCCUCUUCUUCUUGAUGUGGUUCCAACAAUUCAACAGACUGCUGCCUUGGAUCUGGGGAGGCUGGCCUUAUACAAUGACUUGGCAGAAGCCAUUGUGAAGGGCAACAUUCUCCCACAGCUUGUCUAUUUGUUGUUAGAGCAGAAUUGUGUCUACAAGAAAGCAACCGCCUUUGUGCUGCGAGCAGUUGGUAAACAUUCCCCUCAGCUUGCGCAGGCCACAGUGGACUGUGGAGCCCUGGAUUCGGUGGUUUGCUUAGAAGAUUUCGACCCUGGGGUCAAGGAGGCUGCAGCCUGGGCAGUUGCAUAUAUUGCAAGACAUAAUGCAGAACUGUCACAAGCUGUGGUGGAUGCAGGAGCUGUUCCUCUUUUAGUACUCUGUAUCCAAGAGCCAGAAAUUGCUUUGAAAAGGAUUGCUGCCUCGGCCCUCAGUGAUAUUUCAAAGCAUUCUCCAGAGCUGGCACAGACAGUGGUAGAUGCAGGGGCUAUCGCUCACUUAGCCCAGAUGAUCCUCAAUCCUGAUCCAAAAUUGAAGCAUCAAGUCCUCUCAGCUCUCAGUCACAUUGCAAAACAUUCCGUGGAUCUGGCAGAGAUGGUCCUUGAGGCAGAGAUUUUUCUGGUUGUGUUAGCCUGUCUGAAGGACGAAGAUGAAUAUGUGAAGAAAAAUGCUUGUGCUUUAAUUAGGGAGAUUGUGAAACAUAUGCCCGAACUCCUACAGCUGAUCGUUAACGCAGGGGGUGUGGCUGCGGUGAUCGAUUGUGUUGGGUCCUGCAAAGGGAACACAGGGCUGCCUGGCAUCAUGAUGCUUGGUUUCCUGGCUACUCAUUCUGAGAACCUGGCCAUGACAGUGAUCAUUUCCAAGGGUGUACCCCAGUUGUCAGCCUGCCUGUCAGAAGAAUCAGAAGACCAUAUUAAGGCUGCCGCCGCCAGGGCCUUAAGACAGGUUGGGAGGCACACUCCUGAACACGCGAGGGUCAUGGCUAUCACAGACACAUUGCCUGUUAUGCUCUCCCUGUCAGCAGAGAGCUCCGAGGAUCUGCAGGUGAAAAUGAGUUUAGGGAGGUUUUAGAAUAAAAAAGCCACUAAGAAUAUCAUACAAAAAUGUACCUACCUGCAAGCCCUAGAGUCCUUUCUCUAUGAUGCACCUCCCAAUAUUCUGAAGCACGUGGCUGGUCAGUCCAGUAAGGUACUAGCCCCCUGGAUACUCAGACAAACUUUUGCAGAGGGCAGACAGCUAUCAGCCAGUUACUAA